UCAAGCGAAGAAGACGCAUGCACGUUUCAGCCAGCCACGUUGUGUCUCCAGAUCGCCUUGUCUGUAGCUUAUGCCACCACUUUGUCGAUGGCGUUGCUUGGUAACCUGGUAAUCAUUUUCUUAAUUUUUCAUUAUCCAAAGCUGAAGACAACAUUCAAUAUGCUGAUUGUCAACAUGGCGGCUUCGGAUGUGUUAGCUUCUAUUACUGCUAUCCCACUGUCCCUAGCGUACUUGUUUCAAGGCGUCAAGUGGUUCCAAGGAGGUUUUGCUGUCUUUCUGUGCAAGUUCCUGCCGUUUCUUGCCCAUAUUUCUACUGGUGUGUCUGUGCUGACACUGGCCGGGAUGGCUUUUGACCGCUACCUAGCGAUUGUGCGGACAAUGAGAAGGCCGCUGUCUCCAAGACUAACACUGAAAGCAAUCACCUUAACGUGGACCACUUCAGCCGCAAUUUUCGUAACGGAGCUUUACAAAUACAGGCUUUUCAACGAGUCGGGUCAAGUGAUCUGCGCUCCAAGAUGGGUAGAAGAUCUUCAAGAAUCCCUUAAGAUCACCAAACACGAGAUAGUGGUCCGGUUUUUCCUGCUAUACCUCGUUCCUUUUCUUAUCAUGACUAUUCUAUACCUAAAAUUAGCACUCCAUUUGCGGAAACGAAGAGCACCUGGAGAGCAAAUCGACAAAAACAGCCAGAGAAUCAGAGAACUGAAUCGAAAGGUUAUCUUCAUGCUUGCCACCAUUGUAACAAUCUUCGCAAUUUGCUGGCUUCCUGCGCACGUCAAUCACUUUCUUCUGACAUUUGACUUCAAAACAUAUAGCUGUCUCCCAGAUUGGUUAAUCCUCACAUCCUAUUUUGUGACGCAUGCAAAUGUCGCCAUCAACCCGUGCCUUUAUUUCAUAUUCAAUGAAAAUUUCCGCGGAGCUUUCAGGCAGCAACUCAGGGAAAGAUUUGGCAGAAGACGUAGUAAUAACGGUAGGCGGUUGUUAAGGACUGCACCUAAGAAUAUCAGCAGCAGUAAUGCAAUUUAA